AUGACCAUCACGCCGCCCCCGAUGCCGCCGUCACCGCCUGCCGAGAACGCUACUGGUGCGGUGCUGUGUCUCAACUGGGCCACAUCGCCGCACUGCACAGACGGCCAACAGGCCGCCGAUGCAGUCAAAAACCAUGCUAUGAACAUCACGCCGCCCCGACACCGCCGCCACUGCCUGCCGAGAACGCUACUGAGCGUGCCGCCACCGCACGUCACGCACGUCAACAAGAGCGUGCCAUCACCGCACGUCAUGCACGUCAACAAGAGAGUGCCGCCACCUCACGUCACGCACGUCAAGAAGAGCGUGCCGCCACAGCACAUCACGCACGUCAACAAGAGCGUGCCGCCACCGCACGUCACACACGUCAACAAGAGCAUGCUGCCACAGCACGUCACGCACGUCAACAAGAGCAUGCCACCACCGCACGUCACGCACAUCAACAAGAGCGUGCCGUCACCGCACGUCAUGCACGUGAACCAGGGUGUGCCGCCACCGCACGUCAUGCACGUCAACAAGAGCGUGCCGCCACAUCACGUCACGCACGUCAACACGAGCAUGCCGCCACCCUACGUCACGCAAGUCAACAAGGGCGUGCCGCCAUCGCACGUCACGCUCGUCAUCAAGAGCGUGCCGCCACUGCACAUCACGCACGUCCACAAGAGCGUGCCGCCACCGCACAUCACGCACGUCAACAAUGGUGUGCCGCCACCGCACGUCACGCACGUCAACAAGGGUGUGCUGCCACCGCACGUCACGCACGUCGCCAAGGGCGUGCCACCCACACCAGUCACGCACUUCACCAAGGACGUGCCACCCACGCCAGCCACGCAUGUCACCAAGGACAUGGUAGCCACGCACGUCACCAAGGGCGUGCCACCCAUGCCAGUCAUGCACGUCACCAAGGAUGUGCCAGCCACACCAGUCACGCACGUCACCAAGGGCGUGCCACCCACGCCAGUCACGCACGUCACCAAGGGUGUGCCACCCACACCAGUCACGCACAUCACCAAGGACGUGCCAGCCACGCACGUCACCAAGGACGUGUCAGCCACACCAGUCACGCACGGCACAGGUGCGGUCCACAAAGGCACCACGACGCCGCCGCCCACCUCGGUCAACCCCAUGGCGACAGGAGCGGCCCACGCGCACACCACGCCGCCGGACACACCAGAGCUCACUCUCGUGCCGCCCGAGUACGUGCACCUGUUCGAGGAGGUGUUGGAGCAGCAGCCGCAGGUGUUUGCAGAGGUUCCAGUCUGCCCGGAGGACCGCCCCAAGACGGCGUUCACCGCUCCUGACAGCCGCAGAUUCCAGUUCUGCGCCAUGCUGUUUGGGCUAAUGGACGCUCCUGCGACGUUUCAGGCCAUGAUGGUCCGCGUCCUGGACGGAUUUGUUGGCGACUUCGUCACAGUCUACCUGGACGAUGUGAUUGUCAGGUCUGACACGUGGGAGGAGCAUGCACAACGUUUGACUCUGGUCGUAGAGCGGCUGGCCAUACAUGGAUUAACCUGCAAUCCACAUAAGUGCCAUGUCGGGGCGGCAGAGCUGAAGUUUCUGGGGCACCUUGUCAGUGCGGAUGGGUGCCGGCCGCUGCCCGAGCACUUGGACCUGAUUGUGACAAAACCAGUACCCAAGACACGGAAACAACUGCAUAAGCUCAUGGGGCUACUGAAUUGGUUUAGGUCAUUCAUCCCAGACUUCGCCACUGUGACAGCACCAAUGACUGACCUACUAUCACCUAAGACAAAGUACCAGUAG